ACCCGCGCUUCCGGGGUGGGGUGGUGCUGCCAACAUGGCGGUGCAGGCUGUGCACCUGGAGGCGGACGCCUUCCUGGUCUGCCUCAACCACGCGCUGAGCACCGAGAAGGAGGAGGUCAUGGGGCUGUGCAUCGGGGAGGUCGACACCAGCAGAAUUGUUCAUAUUCAUUCUGUGAUUAUCCUGCGCCGUUCAGAUAAGAGGAAGGAUCGAGUGGAGAUUUCUCCGGAGCAGCUUUCAGCUGCUUCUACUGAAGCAGAGAGAUUGGCUGAGAUUACAGGACGUCCCAUGAGGGUUGUGGGCUGGUAUCAUUCUCAUCCACACAUAACUGUCUGGCCGUCUCAUGUGGAUGUUCGCACUCAAGCCAUGUAUCAGAUGAUGGACCAGGGCUUUGUGGGGCUCAUCUUCUCCUGUUUCAUUGAGGACAAGAACACAAAGACGGGCCGGAUACUCUACACCUGUUUCCAGUCAAUUCAGGCUCAGAAGAGCUCAGAGUAUGAGAGGAUUGAAAUUCCUAUUCAUGUUGUUCCCCAUGACACCAUUGGCAAAGUGUGCCUGGAAUCGGCGGUGGAACUGCCCAAGAUCUUGUGCCAGGAGGAGCAAGAUGCAUACAGGAGAAUUCACAGCCUCACCCAUCUAGAUUCUGUAACCAAGAUUCACAAUGGCUCAGUGUUCACCAAGAAUCUCUGCAGCCAGAUGUCUGCUAUCAGUGGUCCCCUCCUGCAGUGGCUGGAGGACAGACUGGAGCAGAACAAACAGCGGGUGCAGGAACUGCAGCGGGAGAAAGAGGAGCUCAUGGAAGAACUAGCUACCCUGGAGUGAAGAGGAAACCCCAGACCCUUUAAAAAAAAAAAAAAAAAAAAGUCAAUAGGAUUGGACAGGAGUGACAUGUGGCUGAUGUGUGGUCUGUCUUGCCUUUCUAUGAAGAUGCUACUUGUUCCUCUCAUCUCGCUUCAUGUGACAGCUCCAAGAACACUUCCACAAGAUGACCAAGGGCUCACAUCUGUCUCCAGCUAGAUUGGAAAGCCUUGUGCUGCCUGUGUGAAAAGUCCACUCUGAGUGCACAAAGGAGCAAUCCAGCACCACCCUAACUAGGGUGAUUCAGCAGCACGCUCUUGGGAAGAGACCAUAGCUCUAGGAGGGGGAUACCUAGUGAAUUUAUUUGGUUCCCCUCUCCCCUGUUGUUCAACACACAUCUUUUUCCCUUUUAUAUAUAUUGCUGGGAGCCUGGAACCAGAGGAUCAUGGGUGGGGUAAUAGCUGCACUUCUACAGUAAUCACGACUUCUCUGUUGUAGCAAAUAAAUCAAGCAACUCGCUAGUCAUGCUCAGAGAAGGAUGGGGGGGUGCUAUGCCCUUGACACUGCCAAUUUUGCCUCCUUUUGGUAACUCCAGUUGACAGGUAGUGGCUUGAUGUCCAGUAACUUUCUGGAUUACUGAUUGCCUACUCUUGCACAUGUGGUAGGGUGGGGGUAGAUGCGGCCAAGAUGAAGGGGGCUUAAGGUUUAUGCCUCCUGUAUUUCAAACCAAAUAAAGAAGGGCAGUUUGAGAGUGGAAAU